GGUUUAGAUUUUGAAAUAUGUAUAUUCGACUAAACUCGGCCGGACCCGUAUCCUCCGAGGAAUAUUGUGCAUGUUUAUUACUGUAUUCAUUAAAAAAAAAAAAAAAAACAUGAAAUUCAACGGAUGGCGACCGAUUGGAGCUUGGGGGUACAAAGGGAAAAUUACAAAAGACGUGGGCAUAUUGUCGGAACAUUCUUAGCCACGAAAAUGCUAAUGCCAAAUCAGCAGUGAGACACACACACAGAGGCCACUCAUCAAGUUUCCCUCGAUCAGUUCUCUGCAACAUGCAACUUCUCCAUGCACCUUCCUCUCUUUCAAUCUCCUUACAAACCCUAAAGUCACAAUCAAAAUCAGGACUUGUUUUGGCAGGGAAAUGUUUGCAAUUCUCGGCUACUGAUUGCUCACCCUAUCCUCUAAAAGUUAAUACAGCACUUGCUUUAUCACUUAAACGCUCCGUUUUUAACUGCCUUACAACUAGAGCUGCUUCGGUACAAGGGGGUGCUUCUACAAUAUCAUCAAGUGGAACAGCUAAAAGUGAAGAAGUGUUAAAAGCAUUGUCUCAGAUUAUAGAUCCAGACUUCGGAACAGACAUUGUGACAUGUGGAUUUAUUAAGGAUUUACAGAUUGAAGAAGCUCAGGGAGAGGUUUCAUUUCGGUUGGAGCUCACUACACCAGCAUGUCCGAUCAAGGACUUGUUCGAGCAACAAGCAAAUGAAGUUGUGGCAGCACUUCCUUGGGUCAAGAAUGUCAAAGUAACAAUGUCAGCACAACCUGCCAGACCUGUUUUUGCUGGGCAACUUCCUGCUGGUUUGCAAACAAUUUCAAAUAUUGUGGCAGUUUCAAGUUGCAAGGGAGGUGUAGGAAAAUCAACUGUAGCUGUGAACCUUGCAUAUACUUUGGCUGGUAUGGGUGCAAGAGUAGGAAUUUUUGAUGCUGAUAUCUAUGGUCCAAGUUUGCCAACAAUGGUGUCCCCUGAAAACAGAUUGCUAGAGAUGAAUCCAGAGAAGAGAACCAUUAUUCCAACUGAAUACUUGGGUGUCAAAUUGGUAUCAUUCGGAUUUGCUGGACAAGGUCGUGCAAUAAUGCGAGGUCCAAUGGUAUCUGGGGUCAUCGACCAACUUCUGACUACGACUGAAUGGGGAGAGCUUGAUUACCUAGUUAUUGACAUGCCUCCCGGAACUGGUGAUAUACAGCUUACUUUAUGCCAGGUAGUCCCAUUAACUGCUGCUGUUAUUGUGACCACCCCCCAAAAGCUUGCAUUCAUUGAUGUUGCCAAAGGAGUCCGGAUGUUUUCAAAGCUUAAGGUGCCUUGUAUUGCUGUUGUUGAGAACAUGUGUCAUUUUGAUGCUGAUGGGAAACGCUACUAUCCAUUUGGCAGAGGUUCAGGUUCUCAGGUUGUCCAGCAGUUUGGAAUCCCUCAUUUGUUUGAUCUCCCAAUUCGGCCAACUCUAUCUGCUUCUGGAGAUAGUGGAAUGCCUGAAGUGGCAGCUGAUCCUCAAGGUGAAGUUGCCAAGACAUUUCAGAAUCUUGGAGUUUGUGUAGUGCAACAAUGUGCCAAGAUUCGUCAGCAAGUGUCAACCGCGGUCAUGUAUGAUAAAUCGAUGAAGGCAAUCAAGGUGAAGGUGCCGGAUUCAGAUGAAGAGUUCUUUUUGCAUCCUGCAACAGUAAGAAGGAAUGACCGCUCUGCCCAAAGUGUGGACGAAUGGACUGGGGAGCAAAAACUGCAAUACACAGAUAUUCCGGAGGAUAUUGAACCUGAAGAAAUUCGACCAAUGGGAAACUAUGCUGUGCAAAUAACAUGGCCAGAUGGAUUUAACCAGAUUGCUCCCUAUGAUCAGUUGCAAACAAUGGAGCGGUUGGUUGGUGUUCCUCAACCUGCUUCCGUCACGGCAUAACAUUAGCGGAUGAAACUUAACAGAAAACUACAAUGCUAAGAUCUUCCUACACACAGUUAGGAUCAGUUGCAUGAAACUAGAAAACGGCUGGUAUAAGCUCCUGAAGUGUGCUGUUUUCUUUAUUUUUUGCCUUUUGGCUGCCUCUUUCCUGUCGAGUUUCAGGCACAUAUGUAUAGCGGAACUCUAAUAGUGGUAAUUCUAAUAUAUGCAUGCAAAUGCAAUCUUCUUUGUCA